CAGUGACAUUUGCCGACACGGCUAGCAACCUUUCAGAAAAGCGCAUUCGGCGCUUAAUGUCAAAGUUUGUGACAAGUUGCUAAAAAUCUUGGAUUUUUUAGUAAAUUGAAGGUUCAUAGCUAGACAUCGAAAAUGUCCCGUUUUUUCGCUGGCGGAUCCGAUUCGGAUUCAGAAACAAGUAGUGAGGAGGAGCAAGUUCAAUUUCCACGACCGACUGCGACGUACUCGUUCAGCGAUGACGAGGAAGAAGUCAAGCGUGUGGUACGUUCUACAAAGGAGAAACGUUAUGAGGAUCUCUCCAAUUGCAUCAAGAACAUCCGAAACUACAAGAAGAUCAAGGAUAUGGCCAGCAUCUUGAGCAGUUUCGAAGAUUUAACCAGGGCAUACCAAAAGGCCUUGCCUGUCAUCUCGAAAGAAGAAAAUGGUAUUACUCCACGAUUCUACGUUCGAUGCUUGGCCGAACUCGAAGACUUCAUCACUGAAGUGUGGGAGGAUCGCGAAGGUCGUAAAAAUCUCUCUAAGAACAAUUCCAAAUCGUUGGGAACACUUCGCCAGAAGUUCCGUAAAUAUAUCAAAGACUUUGAAGAAGAUUUAACCAAAUUCCGCGAGUCUCCUGACCAAGAGAGUGAGGAAGAGGAAGAGCACGAAGCAUCUGCUUCGGAAAGUGAAGAGGAGGUAGCUGCUCAGAAGGCCGUGCAGUUCAGGAAGGAAGUUGAAAAGCCAUCGAAGCAGCCAAAGGAUGAGGAUUCAGGGGAUUCUACUGAUUGGGGUUCUGAUUCUGAAUCUGAGACUGAAUCAUCUGAUGAUGAUAAUCAGUACAUGAACAUUCGCGAGCGGUUCUUGAAGCGUACCACGGAAAAGGAGGAGAAGGAUGAAGACGUUGAGAAGAAGAAAAAGAAAGCCAAGGAAAUUAAGCCCCGUCGUAAGCGGGAAGAAGAGGACGAGGAAGGUGGUUGGGAAACCGUCACUAAAGGUCCUGCUACUUCUGCUGAGAAACCGAAGAUGUUUGCUAAGGAUGCAGAAAUCGACAUUGGACUCGUUCUGAACAAGCUUAGUGAGAUUAUGUCGGCGCGUGGAAAGAAACGUACUGAUCGUCGUCAACAAAUCGAGCUGUUGUACGAGUUGAUGGCGAUCGCUCAGCUACACAAUCUGGGAAAUGCCUGUGCCGUGAAGAUUCGUUUCAAUAUCAUUUCCGCUAUUUUUGACUACAACCCUAAAGUUUCGGAACCAAUGAAAUUGGAGUAUUGGGCCAAGCUGGUGGUGGCAAUGAAGGAAAUGCUGCAAAUUCUUUUGGCAACGAAAGACAUUACCUUGUCAGAAGGGGUAUUGGAAGAUCAGGAAGAGUAUGAGAAGGCGCCCUAUUAUGUUCGUGGAUGCGCUUUGACAGCUGUUGAACGGCUGGAUGAUGAGUUCACGAAAUUGUUGAAGGAAUGCGAUCCUCAUUCGAAUGAAUAUGUUGAAAGGUUGAAGGAUGAAGUUGUUGUAACCGAGGUUAUUGAGCAAGUCUUGCAAUACACUGAACGAAUUGGGUCCGACAACGAAAUUUGCAGAGUGUAUCUGAGGAAGAUUGACCAUUUGUAUUACAAGUUUGACCCGAAUGUAUUGAAGAAGAAGAAGGGUGAGCUUCCUGCCAACACAUCAACCUCUGUCGAAGUAAUGGAUAAACUCUGCAAAUUCAUCUACGCCAAGGACAACACUGAUCGUAUUCGUACCCGUGCUAUUCUCUGCCAUAUUUACCAUCAUGCUCUCCACGACAACUGGUUCCAGGCACGCGAUUUGACCCUCAUGUCUCAUCUUCAGGAGAAUAUCCACAACGCUGAUCCUUCCACUUUGAUUUUGUACAAUCGAAUGAUGGCCAACUUGGGAUUGUGUGCUUUCCGUCAGGGCAACGUCAAGGAUGCGCAUCGUUGCUUAGUGGAGCUGAUGGUGACGGCAAAACCAAAAGAAUUGCUGGCACAAGGUCUCUUGCCACAAAGACAACACGAACGAUCGGCCGAACAGGAGAAGGUUGAAAAACAACGUCAAAUGCCAUUCCAUAUGCAUAUUAAUUUGGAAUUGCUGGAAUGCGUGUAUUUGGUUUCGGCUAUGCUUUUGGAAAUUCCGUAUAUUGCUGAGCAUGAAUUUGAUGCUAGGAGGAGGAUGAUCAGUAAAACAUUCUACCAGCAACUGCGUUCGUCCGAGCGGCAAUCCCUUGUCGGACCGCCAGAGUCCAUGCGUGAACAUGUGGUCGCCGCCGCCAAGGCAAUGCGUUGCGGCAACUGGCAAGCCUGCGCGAACUUCAUUGUCAACAAGAAGAUGAACGCAAAAGUCUGGGAUCUAUUCUACGAGGCUGAUCGCGUGCGUGAAAUGCUAACACGUUUCAUCAAAGAGGAGAGUCUGCGAACCUAUCUCUUCACCUAUUCGAACGUCUACUCAUCGAUCAGCAUCCCGUCCCUGGCUCAAAUGUACGAUCUUCCUAAUCCCAAGGUUCAUUCGCUGAUCAGUAAAAUGAUCAUUAACGAGGAAUUGAUGGCCAGCUUGGAUGACCCAACGGAGACAGUUGUUAUGCAUCGUUCGGAACCAUCACGGUUACAGGCACUUUCCAUGCAAUUGGCUGAUAAGGUGACAAACUUGGUCGACGCUAACGAGAGGAUCUUCGAAAUGAAGCAAGGAAACUAUUUCCAGAGAGGAAAUAUGGGAAAUCGCGAUCGCGGCAACUACCGCAAUCAAAAUAUGAAUCAAGGUGGCAACUGGGGUGGACAACGUCGUGAUAAUCGUAAUCAAAGAAAUCGCCAACAGCGCGACAAUCGCAAUCAGAAUAUGAUCGAAGAGGAGUAGAACGGAAUCUGCUGAAGGAAAUUGUUUGCAUAGAACACUGAUUUGACGACGAGUUGUAUAAAUAAAAUUGUUUGAUUGAUAAGGAAGAGAGAAGGAACAAAGCCGGAAACCAUCAUUCAAGUGCUAAACAAUGUUUACCGAAUUCUUAGUGGUAACAGUAAUCCUGGAAACAUCUAAUGACUGUGUGAAGUAUAAGCUAGUUUUACGAUUUCUAAUGAAAUACUUCAAAAUAGAACAACAAAACAUUUUUUAUAAAAAUAUAAAUCCGGUAACGAACGAA